GGUUCGUUCACAUUUUUAUUUUCUUUUCGCGACCAAAAGGAUGUUUUCCUGCAAGAAAAAGCGUGAUGCACAUUACUGGCAGAAACAGGCAGCCACCCUGCCGGAACUCGUGUCAAAGGAUCAACGGCAACAGGAACUAAGGCACCUUCAACACCGAGCCUCCAUUCUGUGGUCGCCCCAGCUGCCGGAACAGGACGACAAGGCUCUGAGCGAGUACCUCGACUUCGCACUCACCGAGUACCAGAUUGAGGAGGAGCAGGCUCUCUUUAUCCUACGCAGCCAGGGUUUCGAUCUUACGAUGGCCCGCCGACGUCUGGAGCGGAAUCAGACAGCACGCGGGUGUCACUAUCAUCGGUGGAAGGCCAUGGAUUUGGUGGCACUCUCCAGCUUCAAAGAGCACGGCACUGACUUUGAAAAGGUCCAAAAACAACUGCCCCACUUCCCUGUUGCCGAGGUACGACGCUACUUCAACUUUAUGUACUCCGUGUAG